UUGACAAAAGGUCUUCACCUUGCAAGUGGGACGGUGGGAUGGAAAAUGAAACAAAGAUAUGUUUGAUUGUGGCUAUGACAGGGACGGAUCGGUCCUAAGACAAGCUUGACAAGAGACUGACCGGCUGGUCUUCCCACCUUCCAUAUAAAUGAAGCAGCCAUGAGGUGGGAGCAGGCAGCCAAGAAGCUAGCGUGUGCAGCCAAGCAAGAUCUCAGCUAGGCAGGAGAUUCUCCUUCUGGAGCAGGGUCAAAGCUGCUCCUCUAUACUGUGAUGUCUCCACAAGACCACAACUGAUCGUGGCUUCAACCACAAAAUCCUAGGAAGGGCCGCCAUCAUAUGCUGUGCUCCUUUGUUCAUCUGUCAAUAGAGGAGAAAGAGAAGAGCAUUGUUUGGACAAUAAUCCUGUGAUGAACGGAGGAGGGUAGAACUUACACAGCACAAGGCCCGCAAAACAUCAAAGCAGGCACACUUGCAUCAAAGUCAGAAACCACUGGUUUGGGCACCAUGGGCACAGUUUUGGAUGCUCUCACUUCGAAAUUUUUGACAAGGCUGGGUCGGCUUAUUGAAGAUGAGGUUGUGAUGACACUAAGCGUGAAAAAGGACAUCAAAAGGCUGAAGAAAAAUCUGGAACACUUCAGCGCAGUUCGCGAGGAUGCGGAAGCUCUGGCCAUGGAAGAUAGACGCAUAGAGGCGUGGUGGAAGAACAUGAGUGAUGUUAUGUUUGAUGUUGAUGUCAUCAUAGACCUUGUUAUGGUUCAUUCACAAAAAAAUUUGCUGCCAGCAAGAUCGCUCUGUUUCAAUCAGCCUAUGGUCUCUUGUUUUGAAAAUAUUUUAUUUGAUAACAAGGUGGCUAGAAGAAUUAAGGACAUAAAUGAAAAGCUUGAUGAGAUUAAAAUGAACACAGAGAUGUUCAGCUUGGAUAGAUCCCUUCAUCAACAGUUCCAGGUAACAAGUGUGGACAGAAAUCAGACAUCUCCUAUAGAUGAACUAGAGGUUGUUGGAAGAGAGAUCAAGCAAUCGGUUGAUGACAUGGUACAAAUAAUUGUCAGUGGCUGCCAUGAGAAUAAUACAAGUGUUCUGGGGAUUCAAGGAAUGGGAGGCAUCGGUAAGACAACGUUAGCUCAGAAGAUAUAUAAUCAUCAGAUGAUAAGAGAGAAAUUCCAAGUUCAUAUAUGGCUGUGCAUUUCGCAGAGCUACACAGAGACCGGGUUGAUAAAGCAGGCAAUACGAAUGGCUGGAGAAAAGUGUGAUCAGCUAGAGACCAAGACCGAGCUUCUACCACUUUUAGUGGACACUAUCAAAGGAAAGAGUGUUUUUCUUGUGCUGGAUGAUGUGUGGAAGUCUGAUGUCUGGAUUGAUCUUCUUCUAUCACCUUUCAUGAGAGCUUCGAACUUCCAGAUCCUUGUGACCACAAGAGACCUGUAUGUUUUGUCAGAAAUGCAUGCAACAUAUAUCCACCGAGUAAACAAAAUGAAUUACAGUGAUGGCUUAGAACUGCUUAUGAAGAAGUCCUUUCAAUCAUCCGAGCAAAUAUGUGAAUUCAAGAAUGUUGGCUAUGACAUUGUAAAGAAAUGUGAUGGUCUUCCUCUUGCCAUCAAGGUUGUUGCUGGUGUCCUAUCCACCAGAAGAACAGUUGCCGAAUGGAAGAGCAUCCGAGAUAGUAAAUGGUCCAUUCAUGGACUCCCCAAAGAACUUGGAGGUCCCCUGUAUUUAAGUUACAGCAACUUACCCCCUCAACUCAAGCAGUGCUUUCUCUGGUGUGCUUUGUUGCCUCCUAAUUUUGCAAUAGGUCGUGAUGAUGUUGCUUACUGGUGGGUUGCCGAAGGUUUUGUGAGGAAAGAGCAUGACCACUCAAUACAUGAAAUUGCGGAAGAGUAUUACCUUGAGCUAAUCAGGAGGAAUCUUCUGCAACCGAUACCUUUUUUUGUAGAUAAAGGUGAGUCAACGAUGCAUGAUUUAUUGAGGUCACUUGGGAAAUAUCUGACAAAGGAUCACUCCCUAUUCAUGAAUGCGGAAAGUAAAAAUUCCAUGCCGAAUCUGCGCCGCUUAGGUAUCAGCCAUGCUAUAGAAGAAAUCCCCCCUCUAGGAGAAAACAAGUGCUUGAGGAGCCUCCUACUUUUUAAUAACAAGAAUUUCAAGUCAAUUCGCAAAGAUAUUUUCAGAAAGCUUGAGCAUAUCCGUGUCUUGGUUCUCAGUGGGACAGGCAUCAAGGACAUACCAGACUCAGUGGGAAACUUGGUGUUGUUGUGGUUGCUAGAUCUGAGCUAUACCGAGGUUAACAAACUUCCGGAGUCCACGGGAAGGCUCAUCAGCCUCGAAUACCUCUCUUUGCUUGGUUGCAAUCAAUUAGAUAGCCUGCCAGCUGGUCUCAUGAGACUGUCCAAUAUAAGUUUUUUGCAGCUAGAGCAGACUGCAGUUAAUCAUGUUCCAAAAGGAAUUGCAAAGUUUCAACAGCUCUAUACCCUAAAAGGAGUUUUCGAGAGUGGGACUGGAUUCAGAUUAGACGAAUUGCGAUGCCUCCCCAAUAUCCACCGUCUGUGGGUCCAGAAGCUAGAGAAAGCGGCACCAGUGGGUGAACUUGUUCUGAAGAACAGUCAUAAUCUAAGGGAACUGAGACUGGGUUGCACAAUGGCCAGUACUAAAGAGAGAACUCGUUACCAGACUGGUGUGGUUGAGAGAAUCCAGCAAGUCUAUGACAUGCUUAUUCCAUCACCAAGCCUAGUAUAUAUUUAUCUUGAUGGGUUCCCGGGCGUAAGGCUCCCAGAAUGGCUAUGCUCAGAACCAGAGCUUAAUAUGCCAAGUUUGUGUCAUAUGCACCUCAAUGACUGCAUAUCAUGUUCAGAGCUUCCACCAGCAGGUCAGAUGCCAGAAUUGCUAGUUCUUCAGAUUAAAGGAGCAGAUACAGUUGUAACUAUUGGCACAGAACUCCUGGGGAAAGGUGUGAGAAGUGCAGCGGCUUUCUUCCCAAAACUUGAACUGCUUCACAUCAUUGGCAUGUGUAAUUUGGAAAAAUGGUCACUGUACAUAAGAAAUAUGUGCGAUGACAUGGAGGACAACUCUCAGCAGUUCUCUCUGAUGCCUUGCCUUAAGCGUGUGCUGCUUCUUGAUUGCCCCAAACUGAGAGCUCUGCCUCAAGACAUGUACAUGAUUGUCAAUUUGAAGAGAAUCCACAUUGAAGGUGCUCACAAGCUUCAUGAAGUUGUCAAUCUUCCCGCUGUUGUGUGGCUCAAGGUGAAGAACAACGCGUGCUUAAGGAGGAUUUCUAAUCUUUGUAAGCUGCAGGACCUGUUUGCACAGGACUGCCCAACGCUGGAUCAGGCAGAGAACCUGUACGCACUGAAUAGGGUGUACAUGAUUGACUGCCAACACGCCCAAGAGUUCAGGAAUUGUCUCGCAGUAGAAGAACAAGGCAUCCUAGUCCAUGUUGCAGCAGAUGGGCGUAAUAUCUUCCCAGAUGAAACUCUCUAUAACUAG